UUGUUCAACAUCAUGUUUCAGUUUAUUGAAAAUUCGAAAAUGAGAUCGUUCAUUGCAUUCGCUUUGCUAAUUGUAGCAACACAAGCUAAAUUGGAUCCUGAGCUUGUCCAGGAAUUAAUGGAAAAACUGACCGAAGCUGCUGCGAAAUGCGGGGAAAAAAUAAAACCGAGUAGUGAGGACAUCUCUAAACUCUUGAGCCACAAAGUUCCAGACACAACUGAAGGAAGGUGCAUGUUAUUAUGCGUGAACCAGGAACUUGGAUUCGAAAAAGAGGACGGUUCCAUCGAUUUCGAAAAUGGCAAGAUAAUCAUGGACAAAGUCAAGGACAGUGAUCCCGAAAUUUUCAAUAAGUUAUUCGAAGUGUACAAGAAAUGUUCUCAAACCGAUUACAUCGUAAAAGACGAUCCCUGUGAAACAAGUGCAAAUUUAGCUACUUGUGGAAUAAAAGGAGCAGAAGAGGAGGGAAUAUCCUUUGAUUUGGGGAGUAUGUGAUUCCAAUGGGCCGAUCAACUCAACUGUAAGAAAUAAUAGAAAUUGUAUUGAAAUUAGUAAUAAAUAAUUCAAAGAAUA